CUGGUGUUGUAAUAAAGACCUGCAGAAAGGCCGCGUAUGACCGGUUCCUACAAGUCACGAUGGUUGCCUUUACAGCUCACGCUUUUUCAGUGGUGGCCAUAGAGCGUGAGCUCGGUGAGGGGUGACAGUGGGUGCCUCCAGGCUCUGGGGCAGCCUUUGGUUCCCGUGCUGUCCUGGCAGCGUGAGUCAGAGCUGUGCGCCCCGCUCUUGACUCCAGGCCUGAGCGAUGUUUCAUAACCGUGCUGCUGCUUCCAUAAAAGUACAAAUACGAUGCGCAGCCCUCUCGGGCUCCUCACGGUUUGGAAGGGACUGACGGCCAAAGGCGUUUUGUCCUGUGGCUGCAGAAAUGGAUGCAGUAAAUGGGUGUAGUGUUUGUGUGCGGCUUACUGAGGCCUGUCGACUUAUGAAUCCAUUGGAACUUUCAGUAAUGACAUCAGGAACAAAUCCUAGGUUCCGAGUGGUCAGAUGUGUCUGGCAUAGAUAAUACAAGGAGGGAAGCAUUUUAAAGCCACAUAAAAGUUUUUAAAAGACUCUGCAAAUGUCUGCAGAGUUGCAGAUUUAAAACAAUAUGAAAGAUUGGCUUGUUUCAAUUUAUUUUGACCAAAAGUUGUACUCUUGUUGGAAGAUUUGUCUAGUUCUAUACCUAAAUUAAAAUUGGUGUGGUAUGUCUUGUGCUCACUUCUUUUCUUCAACAUAACUGUUGUAACUUUUUAAUGUGUAUUAAAGUCUCAGUCAACAGCCUAGCUCUUAAAUUCUGUAUAGUUAAGGUAAUUUUAGUCUUGAGUUUUCUCAUACUAAUUUAUUUGAACCUGUAAUAUGCCAUUAAAAGUGGUCUUUCAUGUUAUUAUUCCUUAAUAAAAAGGAAAGGGGGAUAACAGGGUAAACACACAGCUGCCUUGCUUCACAGUAGUUUAUUGCAGUUUCUUUCCCCACAGAGCUAUUCAGCAAUGAAAAUACGGAGCUGUUCGUUUGUUUGUUUGUUUUUUCAAUAACUUGAUUGUAGGUAGUUAUUUUUAGUAGUGGUUUAAGUCAAUCUUUUUCAAAGUUACUUUUAUGUAAAGCAGAAUACAUCAGGGAUGAGUGCAUUUUUUUCUGCUUCAGUAGCUAGAGGAAUUGGAUUUUUUACAUCUUAGAGUUUGUCAAAAGGCAGAAAGGAAAAUGGAGAAAUAAAGUGUAAGACAAGUCUUGUAUUUAAAAUAUUUUUCAUAAUGAUCUGUUGUUCUUAGCAUUUAAUUGUAAAGAUAUUCUUGGGUAAGGAUAACUGGAAGAUCAGAAGAAAACCAGCACUAUGCAAAUGCUUUUAGCUUUUGAGCAGGCUGUUAAAGAAGUAGAUUGGGAUAGCUGAAGUCAUAAUUGAAAUGUUUUUCAAAGCAUUUAAUGAAGAAAAUACUGGUUUCUUAUGUUUCCUGCAUCUUAUUUGUGAGUGAGAAUAUCAGAACUAGCAAUGAUGGGGAGAGCAUAUAUGAGGUAUUUCUGACUUUCUCACUGAAGCCUUAGAAAUGUGUAGUGAUUGUCACACAUAUGUUUUUGAUGUACAGGUUCAAGGAUUAUGUUGUGCUAGGUGGGAGGAGUGUUCUUCAUCAGUGACUUGGACUGUUUCAAGCAUUUUUAUGUGCACAGGAAUUAAGAUGGAUGAAACGUUUCAUUUGUCAUAGCAGCAGCAGGACAAAUAAGAAGUGACUGUAUACUACUGAAAAGUGUUGACUUCAGAGGUGUGGGAACUGAAGUGUUCUGUUCUGCAAAGGCACCAAAAGGUUUUCUGUGCUGCUCUUCAGCUUUAAUGUGGAGGAGACACCUGUAAGAAUCACGGAUACUCAGAAGUGUUCCCAGUAACUGACUGAAGUCUUAUGAAUGUGUAACUGUGAGCUGAAUGGGAUUAUAUGGUCAUACCUGGAAGAAAAUGCUUUGUAGGAACAUUGUCGUAACUGUUAAAGGGCAUAAUGCAGAAUCCGUUAACAGUUUCUGCAGGUGGUGUUUUUUUGCAUGCUAAUCCUGCAGAGAAACAUUGUGUCCAACAAAGUAUGCUGGGUCAGCAAAAGCAAGAAACUUGUGCUGGAAAGACAGUAUCCACAGAUAAACAGAAAUGCCCUUCGGAUAUAAUACAAAGUUUUCAGAAGAAAAGUCAGUUUAGGACCAUUGCUCCAAAAAUGGUACCAAAAUUUUUAACAUCUGGAGUGGUUUCUUGCCUUCAGUCAUCUUUGCCUGAGCCAAUGACACCAAUUUCAGCCUCAGGCUCUAAGCCCCUGGUGGUGCCAGCUCAGAACUAUGCUGUCAUGCAGGUGGCUGCUCACAAGGGCACCUUUUCCCUGCUGGCUGUGCCCUGUGUUGCACCUGCCCUAACUCAGCAAGUUCAGCAGUCAGCUGUGGCCCCCUCUGAAAACCUAAAGCUGCCCAUCCCCAGGUACCAAUCUGUAAGAAAUAAAUUGCUGAGUGACAAAAAACUGACACAAAUCUCUGGUUUGAGUGCACGUAACAAGAUUCUUACCAAAGCACUGACCUCAUCACAGACUUCCCCCAUGCCUGCUCUACAUGAAGACUGUCCUGAAGCUCAUUGUAGUUCAGAUUCAGCUGAGCAAGGGAUGGUAGCAGACUGUGACUCAGCUGAAAUUGGAGUUGCCACAUUAAUGAAUAAAAGCAAUUGUGUGGAAUCUAGAUCUCUUUUAAUGAACAAAGCUAAAAUUGCUAGCAAUAAUAUUUCUGGAUCAUCUGUAGUUGAAGACUCUCCAUCCAAGCCAGCAAGUACAACUAAUCCCAUGAAACUGAGUCUACAUUCUGUGAAGACAGCAUUGGAAACCACAAGAGAGUCAUUCCUGACAUCUGAGAAACUAAAGGAAAAACCCACAAAUUCUGCAAGUCCUGUUGCUGUCUUGUCACCGACAGUUUUUGGCAGUACAAUUCAGAUGACUCCAUCAGCACCAAAAGGAAAACUUCCUAUUUUGCCUUACUCCAGAAUGAAAAAUUCAGUGUUCUGUAAAUCUAAGCAGAAUAUUAAUGUUAUGGACAUACCUGAUCAUUCUCUAAAAUCUGAAUGUGAAAAGAUUCCAUUUUUGAUGAAAACCAAAGCCUUUGAUAAGCAAAUAAUCUCCAAACAAUCCAUUGGAGAAAACACUUUCUCUCCCUCCAGCAAAGAGGAUGAUGUCGACACUCUUAAAAACUUGAGCAGUGCAACCUCUAAAAGAAGAGGCAGGAAAAAAAGAGCCCCGGAAGAUUUAUUGGCUUUUCAGGCCAAGCGAAGGAAAUGCAUCAUUAAUAAGUUUAGAGAAGGAAGAGAGAGGGCCAAGGUUGAUACUGAGGCACCUGAAGACAACAGAGCAGGAGCAGUGACACGGUACCGCAGCAUCAGACCGAAGCCCGUGGUGCUUGUGCAGGCGCUCGCGCCGCUGACUCCCGCAGCCAUCGUGGCGACGCCGUCUCGUGGGCAGGACUCCUUUUUCAAUGGGUCACUCACCAAUAAAUGUGUGAGUUCCAAGCACAGUGAUGCUGCAUCAGCCAAAUCAAGUGAUCUAAGCAGAAAUGCACGUUCAGCUGUCCUUAGGGUGGUGCACAGGUGCCAUGUUUGUAACCACGGGUUCCGCUUAAAGCACCACCUCAAGGACCACAUGAACACGCACACUAGGAGGAGGCCCUACAGCUGCAGGAUCUGCAGGAAGGCAUAUAUGCACUCUGGGAGCCUGAGCACCCAUAUGAAGCUUCAUCACAGCGAAGGCAAAUCCAAAAAGCUGGUGUGCUGUGAAUUCUGUGCUAAAGUGUUUGGCCAUGCCAAAGUGUACUUUGGGCACCUCAGAGAAGUCCACAGGGUUGUUAUCAGCACAGAGCCCUACAGUAGUGAGCAGCAGGUGCAAGACACUUCAAAGAAGAGAGACAGGAAUAUAAAAGAGGCAGAAGAAGCUGCAGAGAGGGGAGAUAAGUGCAAUUUUGAGGACCUGUUCCAUGACCCAAGAGGAGUGAAAUUACAGGUCAAAUGUGGUCGAUGCCAAUUUAUUGCAGAAUCUUUUGGUGAAAUGAAGUUUCACUUAUUGUGCUGCCAUGGAGAAGAGAUUCAGGGAAGAGUGAAAGAAGAGGUUUUGCAAGAAAGCAGAGGAGCAGAAGGGAAACUGGUCAAACAUACAAGCCACGUGUGGAAACAGCACAAUGAGAGAAGACAUUUAGCACAGUGCAGUGCCCGUCAGGAGGAGCUGUAUAAUGUUCCAAAACCAAAGAGACAGCUGUUCUUCCACCAUCAAAAUCAUGUCAAUAUUAUACCUAAAAUUGAACCAACUCAGUCAGGAAGUAGUGAAGCUUCUGAGGAGAUGCAAAAUGUGGGGUUUGGCACACAAAGGAAAAAAAUAGAAUUUUGGUCUAAAGCAGGCUAUAACUGCAUCUUAUGCAAACAGUUAUUUGGAAGAAAAGAGGAUCUUUGUAAUCAUUGGCAGAGUCAUCAUAAUUGUGAAGACCCUUCCACUUUAUGGACAAUUUUUACUUUGGUAUCAAAACAAGGAAUUAUUGAACUUUCUGAUAAUGGUGAUUAUUGAAGCUCAACUCUGCUAUGCUAUGAAAAACCUUAACUACCUUACCAAAUUGUUCUUUCACUGUCUUGCUAAACUAACUCAACAGAUGUAUCACUUAAAAGGUUUUUUAGUUGGGUUUGUAGGGGAUUUUUUAAAAAGCCAUAUUAACCUUUAUUUUGGUGACUAGAAAAUGUGUUUAUUCUGUAUCAUUCCAGAUGGGUACAUGGAAGCUGAUUAUGAAUCCUUGUACUUAAAAUUCAUGCUUAAGGAACUUUAUAACAGCAAAUAUUCAAUACUAAUUAUUAACCUCAAUGAAAUAUAUUUGCGAGUUAAACUAUACUGUACACUCAGAUAUAAAUCAAUUUAUAUGAAGUAAUCUCAGUCUUAAAUGAAAUUAAAAACUUGACUGGAAUUCAGGUCCCGACAGUGCUCCCAGAUUUUGUGGUAAAUGCAUAUUUCCAUGCAGUUCUCUCAAUCACUUAAAUGUGCAUACAUGCAGCCCUCAGGAGCAUUGUAGUCUAUAAUUUAAGAACUUCUGAUUUUUGAUUUCAUGAUUUCAGUGUCUUCAAACAUGUUCAUUGCUAGCAGGUGUUUUUGGUGUUCAGUUCUGUCCUGGUAACAGCAAAGGUAUUUGUAUUUUAGAAGUAAAAGCUUCACAUGUAUUUAUAUGCCUGCAGCUUUUUGGGUUGAAGGUGAGUUGCCACCCACUGAGAUGGAGCCCAGACAUCUCCAAGGGGGCUGGGCCUGUCAGGCUGUGAGAGGGUGGAGUUCUGGAGCUUGAUUUUGAUUAAAAGGUCCUUGAAACCACUGAAUCCAAUUUGAAAUUGAUGUUUAAACUGCUUAAAGCCUUAUGUUCCUCUAAAUUAUUUUGGGAGCAACAAUGGAGGCAAGUCUAAGAAAUCACCACAUCAUUCUCCAGCAGAAUUCAGAGCAUGUCAGGGGAGGGCAGGCUGAAAAAUACAGCAGUAGUGUCCCUACAGUACCACUCUAUUUAUUCCUUCUUGUGGUCAGCUGUAAUGGAGGGUUUGCAGUGAUAAAAGAGCCAUGCUUAAAAUGGCCUGGCUUGCCUCUCACUGUUUUGCAAAAAUUAUGGUGAUGAAAACAUGAGAAGAGGUCUAAAAGUGUUGAGAUUUCUGAGUGAAAUUCCACAAGCUGCUGCAAUAUUUUGUGUAUGUGUUUUGUUUUUAAACAGUAAAGGCAGUUUUGAUUACCUAAUAGUUUUGAAUGUGAUUUCUCAUUGUGUGGUGCUUUGCCCUGGAGUUGAACUGUAAAGUAGGAAUCAAGAAUAACAAAAGACAAAAAGAAAAUGCCCACAGAACUGUAUUUUCCCAUGUAUUUUCAAAACUUUCGUCCUACUAUCUGUUGCUAUAAAUUCAGAUUUGUAGCUGUU